AUGAGUUUUGCUCCUAGUGACAACAUUGCCAAGCUGCUUGACGGCAAUAAGGAAUGGGCCGCCAAGCUGGCGUCGUCUGCUCCGGGCGUUUUAGAGCAAAACGCCAAGGGCCAGCAGCCUAAUAUCCUGUGGUUCGGAUGCGCCGAUUCCCGUGCCGGAGAGUCAUGUUUGGGUUUGCAUCCCGGCCAGGUGUUUGUGCACAGAAACAUCGCCAACAUCGUGUCGCACUCGGAUAUCAGCUCGCUGUCUGUUUUACAACUAGCCGUCGACUCGCUCAAGGUCAGCCAUAUUAUUGUAUGUGGUCAUUAUGACUGCAAGGGCGUUGAGGCUACUUUAAAGAAAGAGCGCAUGGGCGGCGAGCUCGAUGCCUGGCUCCGUCAUUUGCGUGAUGUUCGUCAUACCCAUGCUAAGACCCUUGAUUCUAUUGACGACUUCAAGAAAAGAUGCCAGAAGUUGGUCGAGCUCAAUGUCAUUGCCCAGGUCCGUAACGUUAGAAGAAACGACCGUGUCAUGGCUGCUGCAAAGGAGCGUGGACUCAAGGUCUACGGUCUUGUUUAUGACGUCGCUACUGGCCUUGUUAAUGAGGUCCCUGUUCCUGUCGACGACGGCCUUGACUCGGACGAUUCUUACCUUGUACACUAA